CCCUGCUGAUCUGCAUCGAGGGCAGGUCUCUCCCCUCGAAAGGAAAAAAAAAAAAGUAGAGAGUCGAAAUCCUACCACUAACCAGCCCCUUAAGAGACAUUAGGAAAAUGAAUCGGGGAUUUAAAUGUCUGUGCACACAGCCUGAAGCGGAGGGGUGUCCCGCCAACGACUCCAUUGAAACGGUCUGAAUUUUCUCCCCAAUUUUCGGGGAGCGCAUCUGUGGUGGUGGUGGUGGGGGGGAACCGGGCUGCUGUGCGUGCGGUGAGCGAGCUGCCCUGACGUCAAGCCGAGGGACCUCCGAAUCCGGGUUCGAGAAUGCAGGGUCUGAGCUCGCGAGCCCACGCUUUCUCCGUGGAAGCGCUCGUCGGCAAGACGCCUUGCAAGAGGAUAAAAGCCGAGGACUGCAAAGGGGAGAGGGUAGCCGGCAGCCGCGCUGACCCCGGGGAGCAGGAGACCACCACCGCGGCCUGCACCGUCAUCGGCGAGGCGGACGAGCUCGGGAAAAGGAGAAGAGUGAGCUCGCUCCUCAGGAAGACGGCCGAGGCCGAGAAGUGCGGCGCCGGCGGCGCGCGAGUGGAGCUGCAGGGCUCCGACCUGUGGAACCGCUUCCACGAGAUCGGCACGGAGAUGAUCAUCACCAAGGCAGGCAGGAGAAUGUUCCCCUCGGUGAGAGUGAAAGUGAGGAAUCUGGACCCGUUCCGGCAGUAUUACAUCGCCAUGGACAUCACGCCCGUGGAUGCCAAGAGAUACAGGUACGUCUAUCACAGCUCGCAGUGGAUGGUGGCGGGGAACACGGACCACUCGUGCAUCACGCCGCGCCUGUAUGUGCAUCCGGACUCGCCGUGCUCCGGGGAGACCUGGAUGCGGCAGAUCAUCAGCUUCGACAGGGUCAAGCUGACCAACAACGAGAUGGACGACAAGGGCCACAUCAUACUGCAGUCGAUGCACAAGUACAGACCCCGCGUGCACGUGAUUGAGCACGACCCCCGGUUCGACCUGUCGCAGAUCCAGUCCCUGCCGGCCCAGGGCGUGCGCACCUUCUCCUUCCCCGAGACCGAGUUCACCACCGUCACCGCCUACCAGAACCAGCAGAUCACAAAGCUGAAGAUUGACAGAAACCCCUUUGCUAAAGGAUUUAGAGACCCUGGAAGGAACAGGGGCGUCCUGGACGGGAUCUUGGAGUCUUAUCCCUGGAGGGGUCCACUCAGCCUGGAUUUCAAGCCGUUUGCCUUGGACCCCCAAAACGGGAGCUGCCGGCCCCCCUCGAGCUGCGGAGCCCUGUCUUCUCCCUCCUGCUCGCCUCAAUCCUUCCCCUUGGGCCUGCCCUGCUCGGACACAUGCCUGCACAGCAUGGCCCUCCCUCUGUGCUACAAGAUGGCCCCCCCCGCCGGAGUGGCGAGCCCCCGCCCCUACAGCGUCCCGGGAGCCGACAGGCUGCAGGAGCCCCCGGGGGUGAGGUCCCUCUCCGACUUCUCUCUGCUGCCAUCCCUGCGGGGCCAGAAAGAGCCGGACUGCAGGGGCCAGUGCUUCCAGGUGUCCCCCCCCGGAGUCUCGGCCCUCCGCCUGCAGGGCCUGCCCCCGCCCGCCCUGCGCCACGCCCCCCCGCCCUGCUCCCUCUACAGCUACAGCCUGCCCGUGCCCCCUCACUUGGCCAGCGUGACCAGGCACCUCAAGCUGGCCAGCGGCGUGUCCCUGACGCCCCCCGACGGCCUGCUCUCUCAGACACCCUGGCACCCCGCCAUCAACCACUGCCUCUGAUCGCCCCGCCGGGCCGCGGGUUCGGGUUCGGUGCGGCCAAGGCGCCCAGCACGUCAGGACGCGGGUGGAAGAGGGACUCUCUGGGACGUGACGCAACAAGACAAGCAGACCGAGUUCACAAACUCACCUCGUGUGCCAGGGGAGAGGGCUGGACCAGCAUGACAGAGCUCAUUUUCGCAAAAGCGAAACGAAGGCUUUAAGACCUUAACAGGUGCAUAUUUACAAUGACUGUAAACAACUUAAGGCUGCUUGAGGUAAGCUAAUCCUAGUGACAAUCAGGUUGCUUAUAAAUAGUAAUGAAUGAAGAAAUUACGCUCUUACUUAAGUGCCCUUUAGAGAUUAAAAAUAACCACUAGAGGUUUCCUGUUAGUAUUUCGUAUUAACCUGUAGGCAUUUUUACAUUUUCUAUGACCUAGAAAGCAUAGUCCACACCUGCCAAAAAAAAGAUGUAUCAUAAUUUGAGUUAUGCCACAUGUAAAUAAGACUAUGCAUUCUUGUUCUCUGCACUUUGUACAUUUUAAAUACACUGUACAUAAAUUACAGCAAAAUGUUAAAUAAAUGAGGUUUUUUUCGUUA